UUAGAAGAGUGGACAACCCGGACCCUUUGAGUUUGCAAGUCCAUGCAUUUGAAAGGAGCUAUGGAUUACAAAGGAGGCACACAUCAAGUUAAUAACUCCUCUACAGACAUCUCUCAAAGUGUGGAGGACGACCCACUGAUUGAGGGACCUUUGAUCUCUCAGGAUACUCUCGAGUCAGCCAUCAAGAGGGAAUUUCUGAAGUUACCUACUUCCUGGACAGCUGGAUUACUGCUUUUCUUACAUGUAGCCUUUGUGUGUUUGUCCCUGGUGGUGUGUGUGUUGUGUGGACUGCUAGAGGGACAUCGUGCAGAGUGUGCAUCUUUGCUGCAGGGCGUGGACAGCAAGAAGGUGGUGCUGCUUAGUAAAGUGGCGUUAUGGAUGGUAUCGUACAUACACCAAUGCUAUGUGGAGCACCACAACACAGCGGCCAGACGCAGGGGCUACCUGCUCUUCUACCGACAGACACGUGCCAUUGCUCUCCUGCCACUGCUCAUACAGUCCUUAGGAAACGUGUUUCUGUUGCUGCUGCUGGCGCUGACCACAGUGCUGGAUGGGGUCGAGAAGCAGCUGUCUGUGUAUCUGCUGCUGGGAAUUCUGAGUCUGGAGCUGUUGCUGUCAGUCACCUUUCUGAUGGCUUAUAUAGUGAAGGUGGUGAGAUUCAACACUGAGAAACUUAGUCCUGACAUCAAUCAAGAGGAGCACUUCCACAACUACCUGAGCAGUGGCAGCAUUGCACACACAGAGACCGGCUUCAGGGAUGGUUCGAGUCUUGAGGAGGUGGUAGAGAAGCAGGCGGAUCUGAUAGAGUACCUGAAGCAGCACAACACUCUGCUGAGCAAGAGAAUCCUCUCACUCACUGCUCAGCAGAUCAGAGACUGACACCAGGCCUCUCCACUGCCUGCUACUGCACCGCUUUUAGCUGACCGUGUGUGCGUGUGCGUGUGCGUGUGCGUGUGCGUGUGCGUGUGUGUCAUUAAAGUGCGCAUCCACGCCCGCAUAAUGUUUGCAUGAAAUAAAACUGCUUGUGUGUCAGUUGAGUAAGCACAUUGUGUUUGUGUCGGGUGUGUGUGUUUGUAUUGAGAGUGAGGGAGAUAGUGAGAGCGAGAGUCAGGCCACUGCAGCCAUGGCUGACUGAUCAGAGGGGUCUUUAGUGGCAAAUGACCCCAAGUAACCUUUCCUUAACGAUACUCUCGCAUUACUAUGCCAACUGCUCCCUAACAACACAAUGGUUGGAGCCAGGAAGGAAUCAUGUUCAAUCAGCUAAAUCAGUUCCAUUACUCCUCUCUGGUCAGAGAUUGGUAUUGUGGUAUGGGUCUAAUGUUGUUUUUAUUUUUCUAUUUUACUAAAGUAUACGAUUUUGUUUCUACGAUAAUGGACUGUUGUUUGUCAUGUAUGUAAGAUUUAUCUGUGUGUGUGUGGAGAAGACCCCAAGAGCCUUGGGAGCAAUCUUGAUUGUAGUUUUCUUCCAGUUUCUGACCACUGUUAAACUGGUCUUAUAUAAGUAUUCCAUUGGAUACUGAAGACUGGUUAAAAUAAUGUUGUGAGUGAAUUAAUGUGAAUAAAGAUCAUUUGGGGUGUCUUUA